AUGGGCGACGACGAAGAAAUCGCGGUUUACGAUGAGGUCGAGAUAGAAGACAUGAUUUUUGACGGCACGCUACAGAUUUAUCAUUAUCCUUGCCCAUGUGGCGAUCGAUUCGAGAUAUCGCUCAUGGACCUUCAAGACGAAGCGACGGAUAUUGCUGUUUGUCCAAGCUGUAGUUUAAUGAUACGGGUUAUCUAUGAUCUAGACAACUUGCCAAAGCCUGAUUCUGACCCUCCGGCUCCUGAAUCUUCUGAACAUCAAGUACCUAUCGCCGCCUAA